AUGCCCUGCGCCCAUGAAAGCGCCUCGGGCGGAGCGGGCGGGUGCCGGAGCGCCUGCGCGGCGUCGCCCGCUGCACCCUGGGAGAGGCAGCGCAAGCGAGCCCCGGCGGAAAAUCCCAGGAAUUUAGGAGGGUUUUUUUUCCUCUCUUUCCGUCCCGACCCCGUCCUUCCCUUCCCCACCCCUGCCGCUGCACGACGCCGGCCCUCCGCCCGGGAAAAAGGCGUGCAUCGGCCACAUUGCAAGCAAAGGCGGCGGAUGCAUCAGCUGGAGAUGGAGACGGGAGGCAGCGAGCGGCCCCCGCGGGUGAAGCAGGAACAGACACCCCUGGAGCCGGAGGACCCCCGCGAGGCUGCAGUCUAUCCUGAGAACGGGCAGCGUCCGUCGCCGGAGCCGCCAGUGGACGAGGAAGCUGAGGAGGAGAAGCCCGCCGUCUGCGCGGAGUGUCAGCGGGUCUUCCCGGGACGGCGGGAGCUAGAGAGCCACCUGAGCCGGGCGCAUGAUGCCCAGGAGCCGCACGAUGGGGUUGGCACCGAGUCCUUCCGGAAGCAAGAUCUGCUGGGGGAAGACGAAGGGCUGGAGGCCGGGGGUGCCUGCCGGUGUUCUGGCUGCCGCGAGGUGUUCCCGCGGAUCUCGGACUUCCUGUCCCACGCUUGUCCACGUCCCGGACGUAAACCAUUCCGAUGCCAGGACUGUGGGAAAUCCUUUGCCCAGGCUGCCAAACUGCUGGAUCACCAGAGGUCCCACACGGGAGAGAAACCAUUCAGGUGUGACGUCUGUGACCGUCGCUUCGCCCAGCCAGCCAAGCUGCUUGCCCACCGCUCCAUCCACAGCGGGCAGAAACCCUUCGCCUGCCAGACGUGUGGCCGCUCCUACAACCGGCUGGACAAUCUGCGUCGGCACCAGCGGGCUCACCUGGGUGACGGGCCAGCGGGCCGUGGCCGGAGGGGAGGCCGCAACGCACCGGGACCUCCUGCUCCUCCCUCUCCCUCCCAGCAGCAGCGCUGCGGUGACUGUGGUCGGGGCAGAGGCCGGGGCCGGGGUAGGGGAAGGGGUAGGGGCAGGGGGGGGAGGCGGCCUCUCUCGUGCCCUCUGUGCCGACGAGGAUUUAACCUCUUUUCCACCUUCCUGGCGCACCAGGCUGCGCACACUGGCGAGAAGCCCUUCCGCUGCCCUGUCUGUGCCAAGGCGUUCGGCGUCCCUGCAUCCCUGCGUGCCCACCAGUCUAUCCACACCGGCCGCAAGCCUUUCCGCUGCCCCACCUGCGGCAGCUCCUACAACCGUCUGGACAACCUCCGCCGACACCAGCGGGCUCACCCGCCCCUGGUGGGGGAUGAGGAGGCGGGGGGGCCCGUUUCCAAUGUGAGGCGUGCGGGGAGGCAUUCCCUGACCUGUCCUACCUGCAGACGCACCGUCUGA